AUGUCAAGUGGAUUCUAUGAUAGUGAUAUUAACAGUGCCAGAGAGGAACUCGAAGCUGAAAGUGGUAUAUCCGCUAUGGAGUUAGAUGCAGUGAAGGAGGAUGCAAUGAUAGUCUUGGCUGAUUUAUUGUCUGUCCAAAUGGAUCUCAAAAUGCCUUUGAUGCAACAAAUACAUCAAUUGCAAAAAAGAGCUGCCGAAGAAGCAUUAAGUGAAAUCGAAUCUGGAAGAAACUAUACAGAAGAGUUUUUUGCAGAGUAG